GCCAUGGCUAUGGCUACGGAGCUCCUUCUCCUUCUCAAUUCCUUGCCCUGGUGGCUCCUCCUCCUCUCCUCCGUCGGAUUUCUUAUGCUCCUCCGGGCCGCCGCCGCCCUCCUCCGCCACCUGUACCGCACCCUCCUCCGCACCCCCAAGAACCUCAACUCCUACGGCGCCUGGGCCGUCGUCACCGGCGCGUCAGACGGCAUCGGGAAGGCCUUCGCCGCGGAGCUCGCCCGCCGCGGCCUCCACCUCCUUCUCGUCGGCCGCCACCCCGCCAAGCUGGCCGACGCGGCCUUCGACGUCGCCGCCGCCGCCGCCCACCCCGCCGUCAAGGUCGACUGCCUCGUCCUCGACCUCGCCGACGACGACCUCUCCGGCUUCGCGAGGCUCCAGUCCGCCGUCGACGCCCUCGACGUCGGCGUGCUGGUGAACUGCGCCGGCGCCACGCUCCCGCACGCCAUGUACUUCCACGAGGCCGACGAGGCGACCUGGCGCGGCAUCGUGCGCGUCAACGCCGAGGCGGCCACCAGGGUGGCGCGCGCCGUCGUCCCGGGGAUGCUGCGCCGGCGCAGGGGCGCCGUGGUCAACGUCGGCUCGGCCGCCUCCGUGGUGCUGCCGUCGUUUCCCUUCUCCGCCGUCUACGCCGCCACAAAAGCGUACAUUGGCCAGCUCUCGAGCAGCUUGCAGGUGGAGUACAGGAGCAUGGGCAUCGACGUGCAGUGCCAGAUUCCUUUCUAUGUGGCCACGAAGAUGGUGGACAUCCAGAAGCCAUCCACCUUCGUACCGUCGCCGGAGAGGUAUGCCAAGGCCGCAGUGGACUGCAUAGGCUACGAGACGAGGUGCAGUCCGUACUGGUCGCAUUCCCUUCAGUGGUGGCUCUUGGGGUUUAUCCCUCACUUCCUGCUCAAUAGAUGGCGACUCAUCCUUGGCGAAUUCAAAAGGAGCCAGGCCAUGGGGCACAAGUUAUAUUGUGCUAGCUAAUUGGUAUAUUGCUUUGUUGUCUCGAAAGAUUUAUGAUAUCUUUUACAGUUAUUGUUGCAAUAAUUAUAUUCAAAUUGUCGAUUGAAUGUGUUUAUUCUCAUCGACCA